UUUAUCCUGUUAUGAUGAUGUUAUAAUUUGUAUGCAUUGAAUUCAGUUAACUUAAAUCUUAGUUGAUUAAUUAUGUAGACCUACGUGAAACAUUUAUUUACGAUUUAAACUAUAAUCCGUUCAGAGACAGGAUUUUAUUGCUCGCUCUGAUCAAGUACAAUACGAGUACUGUACAACGGCAGCAUUGCUGGUGCGGUGCGAGUGCAAAGUGCAAAGUAGAAAAACAGAAAAACCUCUUGGUCUUGGAGCUUGGAGCUCCCUCUUCUACUACUUCCACUCCACUUCUUCCUAAGCAAAGUUGGUACGGAAUUCGUUUAUAUUAUUCGUGCACAAUGGCUGCAGAACACCAGUACUUUUAUGAAGAUGAAGUGUUUAGGAUUAAUAAAAAAGGAAAUAUUGAGUUCGGAAUGGUGCUUGAAAAUUCGGAACUAGUUAGUAGUGAUGAAUCUGAUGGUGAAGAAGGAGGCAGGAUGAAACAAGGGCAUAUACGAGUUGCGUGGCACCCUUCGGGCGAGGAAGAAGUAAUUCAGGAGAAAAAGGUAGGGCUGGCAGACAGAUCAUUGAUGCCUGGGGAUGUGGUCAGGCGUAUGAUCAAGGGAAGAGACACCCAGCGCGGCUACUGUAGAGACAUCAAGGUGAAUGCUUGCGUCCAGGUGAUGGGGAGCAGACAUGUCAUCACUAAUGUCAGCAGUGAAAAACUCGUACCAUUAGAGGAGUUUGCUGUUGACAUUGCCGUAUGUCUCGACUCCUGGGUGGGAGGAAUUAAGGCUGUCAACUCUAGACUGACUCUGCAAUGUUCUGAUGGGUCUCGCUGCGUUGUCAAAGACCCUGAUACUGUUGCCGGCUUUGAAGUGUUUGACGAGAAGCGAGACAACGUUAGUACAAUUCCCAAGAUCUUUCUUAAAGACUGUGAGUUCCCGCACAGAGGAGACUACUACCCUGGCCAGACACUGUGGGGUCCGCUACAUGGGCUGGAGCAGGCCACCUGGCUGAACUGUACUAAGGAACUCAAGGCUGUACGCUCUAACGUUACCAAGUCUUGCAAAACUGUCAAGGUGAUGGUAGAAGGUGUGGAGACUGAGUCAGUGGCCGUACACUGGCAGUGUCGAGCGUACUCGAGGGAAGGGGCUGGCAGCGAGAAAGAGCAGCCCAAGAGUACGAUUGAGGGCGACGAUUUGAAAAGGCUGAGGUUGUUGAACGUGUUUGAACCGUGUACACUACAGGUUGGGGACCGUAACUUCUACACACUGACUGACCACGACACCGUCUCUACCAAGGAACAGUGGCGGAAGGUGCAAAAGGAGGAGAUGGUUGCCCGCUGUGCUACGAACGGUGUGGCUGCCCCGGCUCCUCUGCCCCCUGGCUCUCACACCAACACCAAACGGAGGAACAAACGAGCCGUCAACCUCCGUGACUCUAGACCUUCGGUCAAACAAACAAUAAAAUCAACAGAUGACACCAACGAACUUUACAAUUCCUCAGAGAGCAUCUCAAAAACAACACCAGUCGACUCAAACUCGGUCAAGUCUUGUUCGACUGACUCUUCAGGUGUCCAGGUGAACAGCAACUCUUUGGACCAGCCUUUGCCAGAGUUUGCAGACCAAACAUCACUGACUUUGCCUGAAAAGUCCUCGGAACCCAUCAUCAAGAUAUCUCCUGCCGAUUCCAACACAGGAGAAUGGGGCGACACUACUGACACUGAUGAUGACUACGGAACUGACACGGGCAGCAACAGUAGCACUGCUAGUAGUCGGACGUCCACACGCAGCGGGAAAAAGAUACCAGCUAAGGUAAAUUUGGCACUCCACUUUAUGAAGAAGAAGAAGCUGCGACGGGCUCGUAAGAAACCUCCGCCGCUGGUGUUGGAGCCUGGAAACCGCUUGGUUGUGGAGACACUCAGUACUACAAGCAGUGUCACUGUUGUGUGGCAGGACGGUUCCGUAGAAAGCAACAUCCCGUCUACAGAGUUGUACCCGAUCCAUCACCUGGAUGAUCAGGAGUUCUUCCCAGGAGACUUUGUGUACGAGGUGAGAGAGGAGAACUCGACCAGAGUGUACGGAGUGAUCCAGCGGGUGGACCAUGCUGGCAGGACAGCCAGGGUGCAGUGGUUCAAGACUUACACAUCACCUGAGGACCCUCAACCUACAAUGCUGCAACAGAAUGAGGUGUCUGUGUAUGAUCUCAAAGACCAUCCAGACUUCCAGUACAGACCAGGCACUGUUGUCAUCAGGGUAGCCAACUUUGAGGGGGAGGACGCUAACUGUACUGCCGGCCAGGUGCUCGACAACUACCCUGAGGGAAAGGUUCGAGUAUGGUGGGUGGACGGACACGUAUCCAUGUGCUGGCCUCAAGAUUUGUAUAAGGUGAGAGAAUACGACAGUGACGAUGGAGAGUUAUGGGAUGACGUUAGUACUGAGGCAUCAUGGGAAACUGAGAGUGUGUCGUCUUGGCCAGCUGACGAGGGGGUGGCACUGGAAGAGAUGAACGGAAGUAUUAAACCAAAGUUGGCUGCCAACAUCGAGAAGGCCCGAGUAGCCAUGAGCAAGUUGGAGGAGAUUUUCACUCAGAACCCGUCAUUGCAGACGACGGACGUCAUGCGCAAACUGCUGGAAGUUUACAAGGACUGCAGAUAUCUGGACAAGCUGAUGGGGACGACAUUCUUCCAUGAGAGCCACUUCCAGGGACUGCUGGAGCGAGUGAGAGAGAGAGGAAGAGCCAACACGGCCCAGCGAGUGGGGGAUCAGGUGCGACGAUUGUUCUGUACCGGCUCACCUACCAGACGCAGUGAAGGACAGGAGGACUCUGAGACCCACCAGAUCUCCGAGUCGUCUAACAGCGACUCUGGAGUGUUCAAUUCUCCGCCACCCCCCGUGACAGUGGCAGACGACACCCUGGCCGAGGAUAGUGUCACGGAAGAUGCCACUGUGUGCAACAGCCUCGUUUGUGUCAAACUGUGCUCUCUUCUGCUGGCUCAACUGGUGGAAGCCCAUGCGGAGGUUAUGAGAAGGUUUGGCAGCAACACGGCUAGUGGAAUGACUCUUAGUGACGCUGCAAACACUGUGUCCCCCGCAGGUAGUACAGGGGAGACAGUGCCCCCGUCUACCCCUCCACCGUGCCCCUCCGGCCCCCCACCUACUCUGGAAUCUCCUGCUGUAGAAUCCUCGACCAGCAUGGAGCUGACCAAGGAUGGCGAUGGAGGUUUCUCAAUACUGGACACAGCACCUAACAGUCACAAGUUCAAGCUCACAAUGUUCCAACCGACGGAUCCUAAGACGUUCUUCAAGACAGUUCGCAAUGAGAUCAAGCUGUUAAGGACGUCUUUGCCCAGCGGCAUCUGGGUCAAGGGAUUUGAAGACAGAAUGGACCUGUACUCUGUGAUGAUCCGAGGACCAGAGAAGACACCUUACGAGGACGGAUUGUUCUUCUUUGACUUCCAGUUAUCAGCUGAUUACCCCAAGGCGCCUCCACUAUGCCACUAUGUGUCAUACUGCAGCGACCGACUCAAUCCUAACCUUUACGAGGACGGCAAGGUGUGCGUCUCACUGUUGGGGACUUGGAGUGGGAAAGGAACUGAAGUCUGGUCCGUCAUCAGUAAUCUACUUCAAGUUAUAGUCAGCAUACAAGGCCUAAUACUAGUCAGUGAGCCAUACUUCAACGAGGCCGGCUAUGAGAAGCAGAAGGGAUCUCAGCAGGGUCGGGAGAACUCGAGGAUGUACAAUGAAAUGGUGGCGCUCAAGUUGGUACAAAGCAUGAGCAAGUUGAUACUUCACCCUCCACCAGUGUUCAGACAAGAGGUGUUCGAUCAUUUCAACAGCAACGCUCACAAGUUGUGCAAUAGACUGGAGAGCUGGCUGGAAAUAUCUGAGAAGUACAAUGACUCACAUCCUUUGUCUCCAACUACGCCAACAUCGUUCCGUCAACUACACAGUGAUGAGAUCACAAACCACUGUAACGUCCCUCUGCCAGAGUUUCCUCUCAUUCCCGCCUCUAAGGGGUUCUGUCUCACAUUGCGCAAGACACUCGUCACUUUCAGAGAAGUCCUAAACUCGGUGGGCAUACCCGAGACUAGUUAGCCCAUGAAGAACUUCUAGCCAGGUUUUUUACAAAAUUAAGUUGUAUUUAUUGUAACGUAACUCUCGAAUGAUUUGUAUUUUGGUGUGGAGUUGCAUGUAAAGAGGCUAUUUUCGAA